GAUAAGUCACUGUAUUCGAUUACCAUUGUACAAUGUUCAUAAACAUAAAUAUAAAAUUUAUAUAAUACAGAUUAUUUCUCAGAAUAUUUUCGCAAUGUAAACUUUUCCUAUUAAUUAACUUAUCGCUUAUUUAUGCAACAAGUUUUAUGCACCUAAACACUGCUUAUAACAUAUAUUUUAACAUAGAACCGAUUGGAUAACUCUAUUUCACUAAGAAACAUACACACAACGAUAUAAUCUCUCGUGCAUCUUGAUGCCUGAAUAUCAAACGGGAGUCACUAAAUAAAUCUUUCAUACAUGACCUGCCGUAUCGAUAAAAAGGCGGGAACCAUAAAGGCGAGCGUUCUUAAGAAAAACCGGCGGACCAUUUAGGAUUACCAAGUACACUCAAAAGCCAUGUUGAAAGUUACAUUUCAUAAAUAGUGGUCGCGUGCGCGUAUAACCGUCACAACGGGGGAUAAAGAGGGAGAGAUGCGGGGAUGAAGGGAAGGAAAAGAAGAAGAAGAAGAAGAAGAAAAAAAAGAAAAUAGGGAAUAGUAGGAAGCGGGAAAACAGAAGCAGUAAAAUUGCAGCGAAUUGUUGCGUAUUCUGGUCUCCACGACCCUUUGGCAAGCAACAAAAGCCUGCCGGAAAUCCCUGCCGGAGUCAGGAGCUCAAGCAAACAGGAGAUUCAUCGAAUUAAACUUGAGGGGGAGAGUUAAACUUGAUGGGUAGUUUAACCAUGCGUUUUUGAGAGAUGUACUUAGACACGAGCGUGACAAGAGCGAAAAAAAAAAAGGCACGAUUUAUGAUAAGAAGAAUUAGGGAAAAAGGAAUUAGGGAAAAAGAAACAGGCGCGAAAGGAAUGAAGAAAGUAAACGGAAGAAGAAAAAAGAAGGAGAGGAGAAGAGGAUGAGGGAGCCGAUGAGGCGGACAAGAAGAAAGAGGGCAUACGUUUUUCCUUUUUUCCUUUUUUUCAGAAAACGCCGCCCCCCAGAUCUUCACCCUCUCCAACCAACCCCUUUUUGUAUCUUCUUCCUUUUCCCUCGCUCCGUUUUUCCCAAUUCCGACAGCUCCACGAGAAGAAUUUCGUCGGACAGGGGGAAGAAUCCGCGCGCAUGUGCCGCGGGGGUGGCUGCCUCGAGGAGCGUAACAGCGAGUCGGAGACAACGAGAGGAAGUGGGAAAGAGUGGAAGCAGUGGAUGCAGGCCUGUGGGAGGAAUAAGGACGGGGAGGGGUGUGCGCGAGAAGGGGGGUAAUACGUGUGAGAGUACCCUGAAGAGUGGCGUCGGUAGUACGGUGGUGGGAGGAGGGGAAGCGCGAGGGGCAAGAGGCGACCGUUCACGUCUUUUCGACGUCGACGCAACCCCGUUGGCGCAGAAUAGCUGCUCAGUGCUCGUCGAACGGCGCUGUGUUGCGACGGGACCAUGCCGCCGCGCCCUGCACCACCGAUCAACCGAUCUCAGACGACAUAGUCCACGAUAGGAAUUGAUGAUCCGCUCUGGGCCGACAACCCGUCAAAAUUGAUCGAUCGAAGGGCCGAUUACCGGAAACAGACGACCAAAAAUGUGACGCUCGGUGUGCGCUCGACGGGCCGGGGCUCGAACAGAGAAGACUGGACGACUAUUGGGAGCGUGACGUUGGAUUGACGAAAUAAAACUGAAGGAAAAUUGCAAAGAUAAGUGAAAAAUUGUUCCCCAGGAAGUGGAAACGAAUGGCGCUAAAUGAGGAUACACCGGAAUGAAAGAGAUCCGAUUACGUCGUGUGGGAUUAUCCGUUGGAGAACAAAUUCGCGGCGAUGUAUCCCGCGAUGAUGGAUGUAUGGAUCUCUUCCAAAGAGAACAGUGAAGAUGGUCCGGAAAGUGAAUCGCACUUACGAGUUCGCUUUUAUCGCGGAAGCUACGAUCAUAAAAUAUCUGACGAAUUGCGAUUUUCGAACAGGUUGGGGAGGAGUUUCGCCAAGAAAUAGUUCGUCCAACAAGCGGUUCCUGCAUUUAAGAGGAAGCUCGACGAUGCCUUCCAAUUCGCUCAUCGAUUUCACGUUGCAACCAGGAACAAGGAAUAAAUUCCAUGAUUCUCCGUUAACUAAUAUGCUUACUAUUCCUUCUUACCAAUCGAAAUAUUAAUCGAAUAAAACUCGAUAUUGAAAACAGAUCGAUAUCGAAUAACGUAAAUAAAAACUAAAAACGAAACAGAAAAAUUCAAAACUCUUUGAAAUGAUUUUCAGAGAAGAAGGAAAAAUCGUUUUUCUUCGUUUUCAUAGAAAGGUGUCCAUUCCGCAUCCGUGGUCACGAUUGCAAGUCACGAAGAUAUCGAUAUCACGUUAAAAUAUAACUUACAACAGUCACGUGUAUAUGUGACAAAAGAAAGCUAACGAUCGACCGGUCAAUUAUGAGAUAACACGAGUUUAUGACACGCGACGCGCGACAUGCAAAUUCUUCCCGAUGGCUCGCCAGUUGUACGCGCCAAUUACUUUCCUCGUUGUGAGAGAUGACCAGUGAUCGAGAAUUUUGACGAAAAAAAAAAAGUAACGAAAUAGGGAAAAAAAAAAAAAAAAAAAGAAGAGACAAACUGCGUUGAUACGAGGAAUUGAUUAGGUCAUCCCCGCGGCAACCAAUGGGCAAACACAAAUAAAACAGAGAGAAAGCUGGCUUUCGAUUUCGAGACCGCCCUCAGUCGCUUGACUAAUUUCCGCACGCGAUAUCCUGACCUCGAGACGCAUCGAGUAUACGAUCGAAACCAGCUGGAGCACCGACUAAUUACUUAUCGUGAGAAGAUUAGCUGCAAUUUCGACGUUUCUCUCUUUCUCCCUAUCCUUAUCGAUUAAGAAAAAUCGUUUCGCGGAAGGAGAAUGUUGAUGGAGAAGUUGAAGUGAGGGGGGAAAAAGGAAGAAUAGGAGUUAUGUUAUAGAAUCGAAGUGAAAAAUCGUUCGAAAUGAGAUUUGUGGAAUUUACAAUUGCGACGUGUUGGUUCCUUGGAUUAUUCGGGAGAUCUGUAAUAAUUUAUGGGCAAAGGACCGUCGCGAGCAAUCGUGAAUCGGCGAGGACUAGAUCCGUUAAUAUAUUUAUUAUUAACGACGAGGCGAAUAAAGUGGCUAACCUGAGCAUAAUAACCGCCUUGGAAACAAUCAAAGAAAAUUAUCCUAAUCACCUGGGCAAUGUGUGGAGCGUGCAGGUGAACGGAUCUGACAUAAACAACACCCUCGAUCGUGUCUGCAAUAAUUGGAAUUCCGCCGUGGAAAAAGGAGGCGCCAAAGUCCCAGAUUUAGUGAUAGACACAACGACAGCUGGCUUAGGCGCCAAGAUAUCCAACUCGUUCACAGCUGCCUUAGGAAUUCCCACAUUGUCAGCGCAAUACGGCCAAGUAGGGGAUCUUCAAUACUGGAGGAAACUGAACUCAGAUCAACAAGAUUACCUGAUUCAAGUGAUGCCUCCGACAGAUUUGAUACCGGAGGUAAUCAGGCGAUUAUCCAUCCAACUGAACAUCACCAACGCCGCCAUUCUUUACGACUACAAUUUCGUAAUGGAUCAUAAAUAUAAGAGUCUCUUGUUAAACGUACCGACCCGGCACGUGAUCAACGAAACGUCCCAAGAAAUAAUAGAGAUGAAAAGACAAUUGCUUCGAUUACGAGACUUGGAUAUCGUGAAUUAUUUCAUUCUUGGGAACGAGAAUACGAUUAAUAUAGCCCUCGAAGCUGCGGACGCGUUGAAUUUCACCGAUAAGAAGUACGGUUGGUUCUUAUUAACACCCGAUAUUAACAUUUGGCCGAGAUGCGAAUGCAGGGAUAUAAGCGUUCUAUUUAUGAAGCCAGAAUUCGACAGGAGGAACAACUCGGCCGUGGAAUUUUCAUUGCCGAAACCGAUUUUAUUAUCCGCAUUCUAUCACGAUAUAAUUCGAUUGGCCGUUCUGGCGAUGAAAUCGGCCUUGGACGAUGGGGAAUGGCCCAUGGAGCCGAGGCACAUCACCUGUGACGAGUACAAUAAUACCAACACGCCGGAGAGGAAGUUGAAUUUUUUCGGCAAGUUAAAAGAAGCUUCUAAAAACAUAACGCCAACAUACGCCGGUAUUAAAUGGGGAUCGAGGAACGGAGAGCAUCAAGCUAAAUUCGUGAUGUCUGUCCACUUGGUGCGCAUAAAGGACGGAGUUGUUUCGAAUACUAUCGACAGUGGAUCUUGGAAUGCAAGCAUUUCUUCGCCGUUACAGUUAACAAACAACGACGUAAUGAAUACCACAGCGGUGAAAAGCUAUCGAGUGGUCACUGUAAUUCAUCCGCCAUUUGUAAUGUACAACGAGGAGAAGAACGAGUAUUACGGUUUUUGCAUCGAUCUUCUCAACGAGAUUAAGAAAACGGUAGGCUUUCAGUACGAAAUACGAGAAACAGAUGAUAAGAAAUAUGGGAGUCUAAAUUUAGACGGAAGUUGGGACGGAAUGAUGAGGGAAUUGAUCGAGAAACGAGCCGACAUCGCGCUGGGUUCUCUCUGGGUCACAGCGGAGAGAGAAAGGGUGGUGGAUUUCACAGUUCCUUACUACGACCUCGUCGGCCUCUCUAUCAUGAUGCUGAAAACGAAGACCACCACCUCUUUAUUUAAAUUCCUCACAGUAUUGGAGAACGAGGUCUGGUUCUGCAUCUUGGCCGCCUAUCUCUUCACCAGUGUCUUGUUGUGGAUCUUCGAUCGUUGGUCACCGUAUAGCUAUCAGAAUAAUCGGGAGAAAUACAAGAACGACGAUGAAAAGAGGGAGUUCAACUUGAGGGAGUGUUUCUGGUUCUGCAUGACUUCUUUGACCCCACAAGGUGGCGGAGAAGCUCCGAAAAAUCUUUCCGGUCGACUGGUCGCCGCCACUUGGUGGUUGUUUGGUUUCAUAAUCAUCGCCUCUUACACGGCAAAUUUGGCGGCGUUUUUGACAGUAUCCAGAUUGGAAAUUCCGAUCGAAACGUUAGAGGAUCUUAGCAAACAGUAUAAGAUUCAAUAUGCACCGGUGAUAAAUUCCUCGGCUUAUAUUUAUUUCAAGAGAAUGGCUAAUAUAGAGUGGAAAUUCUACGAAAUUUGGAAGGAGAUGAGCCUUAACGACAGUUUGUCAGACGUGGAGAGAGCCAAUUUGGCGGUGUGGGAUUACCCUGUCAGUGACAAGUACACAAAAAUGUUGCAAGCCAUGGAGGAGGCAGGAUUUCCGGCCUCGACGGAAGAAGCACUUCGACGAGUUCGACGUCUCGAUUCCAAUAAUGAAUUUGCUUAUAUAGAAGAUUCAACAACUAUUAAGUAUCUUACCAUGACGAAUUGUGAUUUGAUUCAAGUAGGAGAAGAUUUUUCGAGGAAGCCUUACGCGAUUGCCGUUCAACGAGGAUCGCCUUUGAAAGAUCAGUUUAAUAACGCAAUUUUGAUACUAUUGAACAAGAGGAAAUUAGAAAAGUUAAAAGAUAAAUGGUGGAAGAAGAAUCCGAACAAAAAAGAUUGCGACGCAGAGAACAGUCAAAGUGACGGUAUAAGUAUUCAUAAUAUCGGAGGAGUGUUUGUAGUCAUAUUUCUAGGUAUCAUUUUUGCUUGUUUCACUUUGGCAUUUGAAUACUGGUAUUAUAGACACCGUACGAAGAUCACGAAAAUCGAUCGAAACAAUAUGAUGAAAAAUAAAAUCACACAAGUAAAACCGCUCAGAUUUAAUUUACAGCCGGCGCCUACGCAUGCUUUUCAAAAUGUCCAAUUCCGACCAAGAUUUUGAAUGUGUUCGUGACAAAAAAGAAAAUACGAUAUUGACAAAUAAAUUAUUUCUAUAUUGUAGAUACAUUAUACUUCGAUUUUAAUAUUUAUUGCUGUUUAAUGUUCGAUAAAAAAAAUAUAUAUAUAUAUAAACCAAGGAAAAAAAUAUUUUAAGAAACGAAUAUAUCUUUUUUAUUAAAAAUAUAUCUGUAUAUCGGAAUAUAAAUAAAUAUACAACUAUAGCGUUUGCAAUGCCUUUAUUUGGUUACUCCCUUGUGUACAUUAUUUUGCGCAGAGAAUUCAUGUUCGAAUAUUUUUUUCUUUAUUACUUCCACUUUUUCACAUCGCAAUUCAUGUACCUCGCUUGUCAUUUUAAACUAUCUUCUUCGCCAUGUCUUAACAUUAUCAUCACGUUUUUUUUUUUUUUUUAAUAACAUUUUACUCACUCAUUCUCUUUAAAAGGCAUUUAUUUUUUUCUAAUGAUGUUCCUUUCAUUUUCGUCCGCUUAACUUCGCCAAGGUAGGCGUAGUAUUUUUUCGUGUUAUACGUUUCUUUUUUUUUAUAUACAUAUAUAUUUUUUGUUUUUUUUUUCCUCACAUGUACGUCUUCAAUAAUAUUUUCUCUGAGGGAGCAUUGGAAAAGCAUUGGAUACUCUGGGUUUCUUUAAAACAUGGGAUCUGAUGGAUGAUGGAAUUGGGACAGGGUAUUAAUCAUCUAGGAUGUUAAAUUAUAAUUAGGUGGAUAUAAUUAAGAUAAUCCAUUAAUAAUUACGAAAAAAAAAAACAACAAGAAAA